AUGGCGUUCACCAAUGUUGCGAUGAUGGUGGCGGCGGCGCUGGUGGUGGUGGCGUCAACGGCGCGCGCGGCGGCGCCAGCAACCCCGGCGGCGGCGGCGUCCGGGGCGCCGUCGGUCCCUGCGGGCCCGCUGGACAUCACGAAGCUGGGCGCGAAAGGGGACGGCAAGACGGACAGCACGAAGGCGAUCCUGCAGGCGUGGAAGAACGCGUGCUCGGCGACGGGGACGCAAAAGAUCGUGAUCCCCAAGGGCAACUACCUGACGGGCGCGCUGGAUCUGACGGGACCCUGCACGUCCUCCAUCAUCAUCCGCCUCGACGGCAACCUCCUCGGCACCGGCGACCUCAACGCCUACAAGAAGAACUGGAUCGAGAUCAUGCGCGUCGACAACUUCGCCAUCAACGGCCGCGGCACCAUCGACGGCCAGGGCCCCCUCGUCUGGAAACAUAAUCAGUGCGCCAAGAACUACAACUGCAAGAUCUUGCCCAACAGCCUGGUGCUGGACUACGUGACGAACGCGCAGAUCCGCGGCGUGACGCUGCUCAACAGCAAGUUCUUCCAAAUGAACAUCUACGAGUGCAAGAACGUGCUGGUGGAGAAGGUGACCAUCACGGCGCCCGAAGACAGCCCCAACACGGACGGCAUCCACAUCGGCGACUCCACCAACAUCACCAUCAAGGCCACCACCAUCGGCACCGGCGACGACUGCAUCUCCCUCGGUCCCGGGAGCAAGUCCAUCAAGAUUCAGGGCGUGCGGUGCGGCCCGGGGCACGGCAUCAGCGUCGGCAGCCUGGGCCGGUACAAGGACGAGAAGGACGUCGAGGACGUGACCGUCACCGACACCACGCUCGUCGGCACCACCAACGGCCUCCGCAUCAAGUCCUACGAGGACUCCAAGUCGGCUCUCAAGGCGCGCAAGUUCCUCUACGACGGCGUCACCAUGGACAACGUCUCCUACCCCAUCAUCAUCGACCAGAAGUACUGCCCCAACAACAUCUGCGUCAAGUCCGGCGCCUCCAAGGUCGCCGUCUCCGACAUCGUCUUCAAGAACAUCCACGGCACCUCCAACACGCCGGAGGCGGUCACGUUCAAGUGCCCCAGCAACCUGCCGUGCCAGGGCGUGCAGCUCAUCAACGUCGACAUCAAGUACAACCGCCCCGGCAACACCACCAUGGCCGUCUGCCACAACGCCGUCGGCAAGAGCAGCGGCGUCGCCAAGGCGCUCGCCUGCAUCUGAUCUCAUUUAAUUUCUCUCUCAACUAAA